GGGAAGUAAUGAGAAAAGACUUGUGAGAGAGGCGUCAGAGAAGUGACGGUGAAGUAAUGUCAGUUACUAUUAUCUCAGAAUUGACAAUCAGAUCAAUACAUCACCUAUUGGAUGUCCUCGUUUCAAAUUCUACAUUGCAACAUUGAUUUACAAUGAGCAGAUAGUUGGGACAUGUCAGAGACAAGGAGACAGCACAAGACACUGCAAGACAUGUCACUGGAGUUGGGCUGCCCUCUUCAGAAUGGAGACAUUAUUGAGAUUUUACAAACUGGUCAUCAUCAUUUUGCAGUAUAUGUAGGGGAUGGAUAUAUUGUGCAUAUAACAGGCAGGCUGGUAGGGAUGGGAGAUGACGCUCUUCAUGGAGACUCUGUCGUGGUUGAGAAAACAAUGCUGGAGGGUGUAGUAAAGGGCUGCAGCUACAAAGUAAACAACAUUUAUGAUGGAGAUCUGAUCCCGGUGCCCAGAGACGAGGUGGUCAGUUCAGCUCUGCAAACAGUGGGCGAGAGUAAACCAUAUGGGUCCAGCUGCCGAGACUUUGCCCUUGAACUGAAAUUUGGGAGUGCAAACCUGGAUAUUAUACUUAGGACCUUGGCAGCUAUUCCAGAGGAAAUGGCAGUGACUGCAGCUAAAGGAGUCCAACUCAUUGGCUCAGGUGUAAGCUUAAGUUCUGAACUUGUGGGAUCAGUGGCAGCCAAGGGAGUUGACCUUGCAGGUCAGGGGGUGAUGGGAAUGUCCAGCGCAUUGGGCUCAGCUGCUGGUAGGGGCCUAGCUGCAUUUGGGAACAUGCUUUCUGCAGGUGCACAAACACUGGCUCCCAUAGUAGCUGCUAAAGUAGAUGUAGUAUCUCCUGGGUCUGGUACCAUGGUGAUGACUGCAGCUGGAUGUGUUGCUCCAUUGGCAGAGUCCUUAGCUGCACAAUCUGGAGACGCAGAGGAAGCCACAGCUCGUAGUGUUAGGCAGUUGGGAUCUUCUAUCUCUUCAGGUUCAACAUCUGUAGGGUCAGCAGUGUCCACUGGAUUGUCUUGGUUAGGGUCAGCAUCAGCUGCUGGAGCCUCUAGUAUUAUUGGGUAUCUCCGGUCAGGGACAGAGCUGACAACUGCAGAGCUUGGGGCACAGCCAGAUAUUUCUGGGGAUCACGAGAAACUAGAUUCCGAUGUACAGAAAUAAUGACAUGGGACUGUUCUUUCAUUUUGUGUAAUCAGAAUGUGUUCCACUUUCCACAUUUUAUACUGAUUGUAAUAACAUUAAUACAGAACCAUUGUGUAUAAAAUAAAUAUCUCUGACACAGUUA